CGGCUAACCUGCAAGUAAAAAGUUCUUUGUUUGGUUUCCUUCAGCAUUAAUGCUGUUAGUCUCGAUAAAUUAAAUUAGCCAUUUCAAUCGAGUUACCCGUGACAAAUCGCUGCGCAUUUUUACUAGCACCGUGUACUGUUGUAGACCAGCAAAAUGGAUACUUGGCUACCGCUAGAGUCCAACCCGGAGGUCCUGUCGAGCUAUAUGGCGAAGCUGGGAGUCUCGCCUCUCUGGAGCAUCGUCGACAUUUUCGGCAUGGAUGAUGAGCUGCUGGACAUGGUGCCGAAGCCGGUGAAAUCGUUGAUUUUCCUGUUUCCCUGCAAGGAUGCGGCCGAAGAAGAUAAGCCGAAUGUGGAGCAAACGGGUGCCGCUGAGGGGGCGUAUCCGAAGGAGCUUUUCUUCACCCGACAGUACAUCCACAACGCUUGCGGUACAAUCGCUCUGAUUCAUGCGGUACUCAACAAUCCGGAUAUCGAGAUUGAGGAAGGCAGCGUUUUGAAAAACUACUACAACACUACCAAAGCGCUGUCUCCCGAGGAGCGCGGAAGAGUGUUGGAUAAGAAUGAGCAGUUCAUAAAGGCACACGAAGAAAAUGCUCGAGAAGGCCAAACGGCCACUCCGGCGGUUAAUGAUCCCGUGUACCACCACUUCGUAGCGUUCGUGCACGUCGGCGGUAAACUGUACGAGCUGGACGGUCGAAAAAGUGCUCCAAUCGAGCACGGCACCUCCAGUCCUGAAACCAUGCUGAAGGAUGCCGUUCAGGUUUGCCAGAAGUACAUCUCCAAGGAUCCCACCGAAGUUCGAUUCACUCUGCUCGGUCUGGCACCGACGCAGUAAAGCAAUCGAACUGAUUCCGAACCAAUAUUGAGUGGAAUUCUAUUGCUCGCUUAACCCGCAUCAAACUAAUCCGCUAUCAAAAUAAAUUAUCCGAAGCUUUGCUUGCUGCUUCAAAUCAC